AUGACUUUAGUUCCAAAUUCAAAGGGGUCAGAAGGCAGCUCUGACAUAGUUCAAGGUGAUUUAGAUAAAGAAGAUGUUGAGUCGAUGUUCCAGAAGUUAGAUUAUUUAGAACCUUCCCAUGAUGCAAAUCUGAUUACCGCUGAAGAAGAAACCAUUGUUGAAAAUAUGGGAUCAAAUGUAAUUGCCAAACUAGACAUUCUUGAAAAGGGAACUGUUGAGUAUUCUAAGUUGAAGAAAGAUAUCUUUGUUAUUAUUUAUGAAUGUAUUCUUGGAACCUAUCUUUGGAAUGAUGUUUGGAAGAAGUCAUUUGAACAAGUUUUGGAAUGUUGCUGUGCAUUCUACGGUUGGCGGUUAGAAUCAAUCAAUCAAGAACACAAUACUAGUUUACCAAAGUUACAUGUUUCUCAAUUAUCUGAUAUUGUUCUUGAAAGUUACUUUCCAGCAGAUGUUUUUUCCUGUUCGGUGACAUUAUUAACUGGCACAAUUGAUGUUCAUUGGUGGAAAUGGAUCUAUAUGAAAUUAAACUUUAGAGUGAAUGCUAGUCAGUGGUUAAAGAUGGAAUUAAAAGAAGAGGGUACAAAUACAUAUGAUAAUUUUGGUUUCUUUAGUGAUCAUGAAUUUAAUUGCUUUAUAUGGUCUUUGUUUGUGUGGUUUUUGGUUGUUGAUUUAAAUAUAUCGCUUCUUGAUAAACAAAAUAAUAAGGACCUAGACAUGAAUUUCGUCGCAAAUUUACACGACGACUCUUUCCAAGUCUAUGAAAACUUAGAAGAAUAUGAAGCUGAAUCGUUGUUCAGGAAGUUGGGUUUAGAACCCGCAACUGAUGAUCACAUUGAAGCCGUGUUACUAGCGAGUACUGACUAUGAAGCAUUUAAGUGUCACGUUUAA